GGACCUAAGUCACAACAGAUUAUCUUUCAUCAAGGCCAGUUCCCUGAGCCACCUUCAAAGCCUUCGAGAAGUGAAACUGAACAACAAUGAAUUGGAGGCCAUUCCAAAUCUUGGCUCAGUCUCAGCGAAUAUUACGCUUCUAUCCUUGGCUGGAAACAGGAUCGCUGAGAUAUUACCAGAACAUCUGAAACAGUUUCAAUCCCUUGAAACUUUGGACCUGAGCGGCAAUAACAUUUCUGAACUUAAAACCGCGUUUCCACCCCUUCAGCUCAAAUAUCUGUAUAUCAAUAGCAACAGAGUCACAUCCAUGGAACCUGGGUGCUUUGACAACUUGGCCAAUACUCUCCUGGUGUUGAAGCUGAACAGGAACCGGAUCUCAACAAUCCCACCCAAGAUGUUUAAGCUGUCCCAGCUGCAACACCUUGAACUGAACAGAAACAAGAUUAGAAAUGUCGAUGGACUCACCUUCCAAGGGCUUGGGGCUCUGAAGUCUCUGAAGAUGCAGAGAAAUGGAGUAACAAAAUUGAUGGAUGGAGCUUUUUGGGGGCUGAGCAACAUGGAAAUCUUGCAGCUGGACCAUAACAACCUCACAGAGAUUACCAAGGGCUGGCUUUACGGCUUGCUGAUGCUGCAGGAACUCCAUCUCAGCCAAAAUGCCAUCAACAGGAUCAGCCCCGAUGCCUGGGAGUUCUGCCAGAAACUCAGCGAGCUGGACCUAACUUUCAACCAGCUGUCGAGGUUGGAUGAUUCAAGCUUCCUCGGCCUCAGCUUACUAAAUACACUGCACGUCGGGAACAACAAAGUCAGCUACAUUGCUGAUUGUGCCUUCCGGGGGCUUUCCAGUUUAAAGACUUUAGAUCUGAAAAACAAUGAAAUAUCAUGGACUAUUGAAGACAUGAAUGGUGCUUUCUCUGGGCUUGACAAAUUGAGACGCCUAACACUCCAGGGAAACCGGAUUCGAUCUAUUACCAAAAAAGCCUUCACUGGUUUGGAUGCAUUAGAACAUCUAGACCUGAGUGACAACGCCAUUAUGUCUUUACAAGGCAAUGCCUUUGCACAAAUGAAGAAGCUUCAACAACUGCAUUUGAAUACAUCCAGCCUUUUGUGUGAUUGCCAACUAAAAUGGCUCCCACAGUGGGUGGCGGAGAACAACUUUCAGAGCUUUGUGAAUGCCAGUUGUGCCCACCCUCAGCUGCUAAAAGGAAGAAGUAUUUUUGCCAUUAGCCCAGAUGGCUUUGUGUGCGAUGAUUUUCCCAAACCCCAGAUCACCGUUCAGCCAGAAACACAGUCAGCAAUAAAAGGCUCCAAUUUGAGUUUUAUCUGCUCAGCUGCCAGCAGCAGCGAUUCCCCCAUGACUUUUGCUUGGAGAAAAGACAAUGAACUCCUGCAUGAUGCUGAGAUGGAAAAUUAUGCACACCUCCGAGCCCAGGGAGGGGAGGUGAUGGAGUACACCACCAUCCUGCGGCUGCGCAACGUGGAAUUUGCCAGUGAAGGGAAAUAUCAGUGCGUCAUCUCCAAUCACUUUGGUUCCUCCUACUCGGUCAAAGCCAAGCUUACAGUGAACAUGCUCCCCUCAUUCACCAAGACUCCCAUGGACCUGACCAUCCGUGCUGGGGCCAUGGCACGCUUGGAGUGUGCUGCCACGGGACACCCAGCCCCACAGAUAGCGUGGCAGAAGGAUGGGGGCACGGACUUCCCAGCUGCAAGGGAGAGACGCAUGCACGUGAUGCCCGAGGAUGAUGUGUUCUUCAUUGUGGAUGUGAAGAUAGAAGACAUUGGAGUGUACAGCUGUACAGCUCAGAACAGUGCGGGAAGUAUUUCUGCAAAUGCAACUCUGACUGUGCUAGAAACCCCGUCCUUCUUGCGGCCUCUGUUGGACCGUACUGUGACCAAGGGAGAAACGGCCGUCCUGCAGUGCAUUGCCGGAGGGAGCCCUCCCCCGAGGCUGAAUUGGACCAAGGACGACAGCCCGUUGGUGGUGACUGAGAGGCACUUCUUCGCAGCAGGCAAUCAGCUGCUGAUUAUUGUGGACUCAGAUGUUAGUGAUGCUGGGAAAUACACCUGCGAAAUGUCCAACACUCUUGGCACGGAGAGAGGCAACGUGCGCCUCAGUGUGAUCCCUACUCCUACCUGUGACUCUCCUCAGAUGACCGCCCCGUCUUUGGAUGAUGACGGAUGGGCCACCGUGGGAGUCGUGAUCAUUGCCGUGGUCUGCUGUGUGGUGGGGACGUCGCUCGUGUGGGUGGUCAUCAUAUACCACACGAGGCGGAGGAGUGAGGAUUGCAGCAUUACCAACACAGAUGAGACCAACUUGCCGGCAGAUAUCCCUAGUUAUUUGUCAUCUCAGGGGACGUUAGCUGAUAGGCAGGAUGGGUACAUCUCCUCAGAAAGUGGAAGCCACCACCAGUUCGUCACUGCUUCAGGAGGCGGGUUUUUCCUACCACAACACGACAGUCCUGGAACCUGCCAUAUUGACAACAGCAGUGAAGCCGAAGUGGAAGCUGCCACAGAUCCAUUCCUCUGUCCCUUUCUGGGUUCUUCAGGCCCUGUGUAUCUGAAAGGAAAUGUGUAUGGCCCAGAUCCUUUUGAAGCCUACCAUCCAGGUUGCAGUGCUGACCCAAGGACAGCUUUAGUGGAUCACUAUGAGCCCAGUUACGUAAAGAGAAAGGAUUGCUACCCAUGUUCCCAUCCCACAGAAGAGCCCUGUGAGCGGAGCCUCAGUAGCCUGGGGUGGUCUUCCCAUGUGAAGAAGCUCAUGAACUCCAGUUCUUCUCACAGUGAAGGACCCGUGAUGAAAAAUUCAUGUCUAAACAAGACCUCUUCAGAGCUGAGUACAGGCCUGGAACCAGCAUCAGUUACUUCAAGUAAUUCUUUCCUGGGGACGUUUGGAAAACCUCUGAGAAGACCGCACUUAGAUGCCUUUUCAACCUUUGAACAGCCGUCAGACUGUGAGCCGAGAACCUUUCCCUUAAAAACUCCUGCUUCCCCUGACUUGGACUCUGAGUCAGAAGAUGAGAGAGAAAGGACAGAUUUUCAGGAAGAAAUUCACGCAUGUACCUAUAAACAGACUUUAGAAAACUGCAGGACUCCAAAUUUUCAGUCUUACGACCUGGACACAUAGACUGAAUGAGGCCAAACAAAACUUUAACGUACUACCUCAAGUGGACUUUUAUUUAAAAGAGAAAGAAUCUUAUGUUUUUAAAUGGAGUUAUGAAUUUUAAAAGGAUAAAGUGUCUUAUUUAUACAGAUGAACCAAAAUUACAAAAAGCUAUAAAAAUUUUAUACUGGGAGUAACUUUCGUAUAAAAAUACCUUUUAAAGUAUUUUAUAACUUUGUCUUACACAAAAAAAAGUCUUAUGUAAAUUAAUGGUAUAAAUUCAUGACUAUUUUAUGUAUUUUUAUAAUACCAGAUUUCUUUUUAUGGAAAAUAAGUACUAAAACCUUUUAAAUAAUACUUGUCUUGUACCUUUUUUGAAUAGAGGUCACUUCAUUUUAUUUUGCACAUUACAUUUAAUAAAACGUGUCAGUUUGAUGCCAAGCCCCAUCUAUACAAUAAUAUUUUUGAUUGUUUUUCAACACAUUUUAGACUUAGUUCGUGUGAUCACCUCUCAAAUUGAUGAUCAUAUUUAACCCUCUUCAAGUACAAGCAAAAAUUAACCUUCUGCCUGCCUAACAGGAUUCAAAUCACAUUGUUGUAGGCAAAAGCACACUAUAAAUGAAAAGGACCUACAAGGAUUUCAGGUACAUUAGUAUAUUUCUAACUUUACAAACAAAAAACAAUUUAUUGUUAUAUUUUGGCCUACUAUGGUAUAAUAAUCGUUGCUUUCAUCACUGCUUAAUCUAUGUUUCCCUCUAUGGUCUAAUGUCUCAGUGUCAGCCCAAAUAGUUUCACAUUUACCAUCCUUUGUAUUACAACAAGAGUGGUUUAUUGCACAUCUCUGUAACUAGAAAACUAAAGAAGAGAUGCAUUUUCAUCCCUGUUCCAGGUCAUAAUGAGAUCUUAGUAGAAUUCCUUUCUGUUCUUACUGAUUUUCUGUUGGUUGAGUGGUUACUAUAUAUAAAUGGCACUUCUGGCUGCUCUGACACAUUAAGAAUUAACAAAAUAUUUUCCUAAUUUGGUCAUCUUAGCUCUAUUUUUAAAAACUUAAACAUUGAAGCUGUUACUUAAAAACAUAAAACCACUUAAAACAUUUGAUUUAAACAAUAGUCAGUGAAAUUAUUGCUAUGUGACCGGCCUAUGUACACAGAGAAAAGAUUGUGUAUUUUCAAGACAAGGUGGCAUUGUUCAGGAUAAUUAAAUGGAAUAAAAUUACUAAGCUUAAUAAUUCAGGUUUAAAAAUUAGACUUUUUCUUUAGUAAAUCCUCGUGCAUAUGUGUAGUUUAAAGAGAACUCUCUUGCCCAGGAUAAAUUAAAUCGGCAUGAAAGGAGUUAAUACAGCAUACCAUGUUAAGUUUCAAAAAUCUAAACUUGAAGGUGGGAAUUUCUGCCUUUGUCCAUUCUUUGAACUAAACUGAAAGCAGCUAUUAGAAAAAAAGAUGCUUCUCAGAGGAAAGUUGUGGGGGUCAAGUUUUCCUGUUCAGUGAGUUUAGACCUCUUUCACUUGUGAGUCAGGAGCCUGAACCCAGAUUGCAGGAGGAUUUUCCUCCCUUAAUUCAGACAUCAGAGUCCAAGAGAGGAAGCUGGAUCCUUCUUGGGCCUCCAGUGACUUGAAAACAGAGAAGUUACUCUGUGUGCUUUGGCCUUAUCAUCCGGCCAGAUUUUGGAAAUCUUCCUGUUAAUUUGUCUUCAUUUUUGUCAAAUGUGAUGCAGACAUCAUUUGGGGUAUUUGAAUGAUUAUGAACUUGUUUUAAAGGUUUAGCUUUUCCAGAUUGCAGCAUUAAAGUUGAAAUCAGUGCCUGAAAUUUAAAAUUUAGAUUCAUCAAUAUCUUUCCUCUUUAUUGUGUUUCUGUGUUCAUACCUGUGGAGUAGAUUUAAUCUUCAUUGUCUGGGAAAAGAAGUUGAUUUCUCAAUGACUUUUUCAGGAAAGGAAAAUACAUAAUGUUGGAACUUCAUAUUGAAUUACCAUAAUUAAUUAGUAGGUAUUCAAAUAUCCUAAGAUAACAUAAACUUAAGGGAAAAAGCAAAAUGUAGGUAAGUGUUAGUCACUUGGUUUAUUUACAUUUGUGGUGCUGAGGAUUGAACCCAGGAUCUUGUGCAUGUUCCAUAAAUGCUCUAACACUGAGCUACACUUCCAGUCCCCUGAUCACUUUGUUUGUUGAUGAAAAACACUUCAAAGUUUCAGUUCACUCUCUCCUGAUAUAACACUGCUUGAUCUAUGACAUAUUUUAAUAGAUGAUCAUAUUUUUUUCUUAAUUCCAUUACUGGUAGAUAAUUACUAUGUAUCCUAUUAGAGAAACAUUCAUUAGUUGUAGCAACACUUUAUAAAAUUAAUUACUGCAUAUGUAUAAUUUUCAUAGCCUUCCUACAGAAGAAAACAAAAAAUUAUUUCUCAGAACAGAGCUAAUCACAAUGCUUUAAAAAUAUUGAUAGGAAAAAGGAAAGUAGUUUCUGGUAUCUGUCACACGUGAGGGGUUUUAGUCCUUUUGAUAAUGUGAUAAAAGUAUUUUAUGGCCAGUGUUACAAUAAAUAUACUACAUGGGUAUUUUUUGAAAAGAUUAAGAACCAAAUGUCAUUGUGAAAUGCUCGAUCUGUCCUUGCCCCUCUUGGUGUCUGUUAUGAUUGGAUUUAUGUAAUAGGAUAAUUUAGAACUCACCAUUUUUUAAGAAGGCUUUCUAUUAACACAUUGAAUAACACAGUGUCCUGCCAAAAAAGUGAAAAAAGAAACUAUUCGCCUUCAAAGGGGGGGAUACAGUUUCUUCCUGAGUUGAAUAAUUUCAAUCUUUCAGAAAUAUCCAGUUACCAGACAGAACGUAUCUUUUUCAUGAGACAUUCCUUAAACAGUGUAUGACAAAGUACUGUACCAGUUUUGAGAGAUUUCAGAUUUGACCAAAUAUGGCACAGAAGUUUUGGUUGAUACAUUCGUGUGUGUGUGGUAGUAGUGGUGGUAUUAUGAAUUGAAUCCAGGGCCUUGGUACUAAGCCACAUACCUAGCCCUUUUAUUAUUAACAGUAUUUUUAUUUUUUAAAUUUUGAGACAGGCCUUGCUAAAUUGCCCACACUGAGCUUUAAUUUAUAAUCCUCCUUCCAAAAAUAAAAAAAAAAAUAAUAAUCCUCCUUCCUCUACCUCCCAGAGUGCUGAAAUAAUAGGCCUAUACCAACAUUCUGGCUUGGUACUCCACUUAAUAGAGGGUUUGUCCCCAUAUAUUUAAGGAAUUACCCCAAUAUUUAGGACCAUUUUUGAAAGAAACAUUGUGGAAUAUCUUUUGAUAAAAAUGUUUGAUUUUACACAAUUUAUCAAUUUUGUUAUUACUGUAAUACAGAAUUUGGUAUUAAGGAUCAGAAUUCCAUAUCUGAAGUCCAUACCUUCCCAAUAUGCUAGAUAUCCAUAAACAGAAGAAAAAUUUAACCAAUAUUCUCGUGUAGCUUUUUAUUAGAAUUGCAAUUUUUAAUUAAAGAACUUGUAAAAAUACAUUUUGAAGAAUAAAAGCAAUUAACAACGUUACAACUUAA